CCUUACUAUCAGAAAGCAGUUAACUUAGGACAACGAUUAGAAGCUAAUAAUAAGAAUAUAAAGGUUGAAGGUGUUGCUGUGCAUAGGAAUCAAUGGCAAGAGACAUUGCAAGAGAGGAAAGAACAGUAUGGUGGCAAGGCAGUCUAUCAUGGAACAUGUCCCAUCAUUGAAGAAGGUUGUAGCGAAGACGCUGUCAAGUUUGUAGGUGGAUAUGCCGAGUUCCUCAAUGAAGCCAGGAAGAGGAACUAUCGC